CUCGGCUGCUCACAAACGCACUCGCAACCGCAAGCAACCGACGAUAACGCCGCGUGAAGUGGGCUGCUUUGGAAAUUUUACGAUUCAUUGUUGCUUGGACGUGGCAGCCAUGACGUGAUUUCUGACUUUGAACUAAAGAAAAUUUUUUGUUCAAAUUACAUUUGUAAAUUACACUAGAAAAAUUAACUUAAGGGGAAUACGUGCAUUAAUUAAACCAAACAACAAAACAAGGAGCUCAAUUAAGUGUAAAAUAAAGUGUGUGCAAACUAUUGAAAAAUACAUAUAUCUAUAUAUAUUGUUGUAGAGUGAAUAUAAAAGCAAAAGCAAAGCAUAAUUUGAACAAAGAUCCAGUAAAAGCAGAAAUCAAAAGGGAGAACAGCACCACGGCCAUAAAACAACAACAAUCAACAACUACAAAAUUAACAACAACCAACAGCAGCAGCAUUAUCAACCACCACUAAAGAAAUCGGCAGCAGCAGCAACAACUUUAUUGUCCAAAUUGAAGAGCUUUUUUCGUGGUGCGCGUAACAGCACUUGGCUAUCGAUUGACCGGCCGACCGAUAACAAGCCGAUAAAUUCACUGUUCAACACUGCAGCACAGUUUAGCUGAGCAACAAAGCGAGCGCACAGCUGAUUGGGCUGUUUGUGUUUGUGUUGCUGGCUGAGAGCGGGAGGUAGAGUGAAAGGUUUACGUUUGCUGCGUGCGUGCCAAGUAACAGCGUGAGAACAACAACAACAACCUUAAGUUCUGCGUGUGACGUGGUGGGAGCGCAAUAACAAGAACAUCGCAUCGCGCAGGUGGCAGAUUCAAAAACAGCUGUUUCAACAAGCAAACUAUAACAACAAAAAACAACGUCGCUGAAAUCUACUAAAGCGACAAAGCGCGUUGAUGGCUAUUGUCGUAUAAAUGUAAAUAUAUACAGACAUAUUCUUUUCCAACAGUUGUGAGAUAAUUACUCACACGUACACGUUCUCAGCGACAGCGAUCAACAACAACCACAAUAACAAACAACUGAACCAACAAUUGCCAUUUUGGACCACGGGUAACGACACAUCCUGAAAACGUCUUGAAGAAGCUUCAACAUCAAAAACAAAUUUACAACAACUUCCAGUUACCAAAAUUUACUUCCAAAGCUCUUCCGUGUCCGCAAAAGCAAAACAAAACAACAAAAUAACAAAAAUCUAUCGAGAAUUGUCUAUCAAAUCCAUUUUUUGCCAUUCGCCACGCAACGUCACUACGACAAAGCAGCCAACUUAAGUAGCAAGUAGAACAACAUCAGCAGAGUAUAUCGAUAUACAAAAACAACGACGACGACUUGGUAACUACAAUUGUGAUCAUCAUAUCAUCAUUAUAUACAACAAUUUGUGGACUGGGGGCGCGGCGGACACGUUAUGAGCAAUUCGAUUGCAUCAACAAAAUGCCUGCCCAAUGUCUCGUUCUCGUCCGGCAAUUAUGGUAUGUCACAAAGCCACCGUUAUACCGAUGAUAGCAAGGAGUACAUAUUCCUUAAGCUCACCGACUCUGCGUACCGUGCCAUCGAGGAGUAUCAAAGAAAUGAGCAUGCCAAUCGUCUGGGACCCGGCCAAUGCGCCAAAAUACAAUGCAAUGGCAACACUGGCUUCAUACACUUUCCACUUCCCAACAGCGAUAGCAAUGGUAAUGCUAAUGCUAACAACAAUGGCAUGGAGAAUGGACGUAAAUUCGGCUUCACCAUCGAUGACUUGGAGGGAACGCUGGAGUGCAUACAGCAGCAUGAUCAGAGGCUCGAUGUCCUUGGUGCGUUGGCGCGUCGAAUGCGCAUUCAUGCCAACGAUGAUGUCUACGAUACAACGCGCACAAAGAUGGCCCGGGCUGAGGAGACGGAGAAGAGCAAAUGUAUACGUGAGAUCAAGCCAAAUCAAUCGGAUAUUGGGCGUAAGGUGAAGAAGCCACCAAGCGCUUCGGCAUCGCAUCACAGUGGGAACAACAACAACAACAACAGCAGCAGUAGCAGCAAUAGUUUUAACAGCAACAAUAGUCGUAAGUUAGGUACAUCGCCAUUUAAUGGUCUGACAUCAUCAGUAGCAGCGGGAGCCGCUGCAACAUUAUCCUCACGCUCACCCAAUCCCAAUAUGUUGGGCGCCAGUGGCACAGUCAAUGGCAACAGUAGUCGCAACACGGCCGCUGCCACGCUGGCCAACACAUUCGCCAAUGGCAUCUCGCAGGGUUAUGCAGGUCUAAGCGGCAACUCGCCCCGCGACAGCAUCAGCAGUAGCACAACAACAACUGUUGCAAAAUCUGGCAACAGCAGCAGCAACGGCAAUGGACGCAAUAAAAUGCUCAAUGGCAGCAAUUCUCGCAAUGGUAACACCAAAUCAGGAGGAGGAAGCGGCGGAGGUGGGGGAGGCAACGGAGCAGGUGGAAAUGGUAACAAAAUGUCGGAAGUUUCACGUCGCACGAUACGCGAGCGUUUGAUACAUUUACUGGCACUGAAGCCGUUCAAGAAACCCGAGCUGUUUGCACGCCUUAAUCAUGAGGGCAUCAAGGAUCGGGAGCGCAACAUGAUAUGUAAUAUACUCAGGGACAUAAGUGUUAUGCCACAACACAAUACGUACAAUUUGCGCCGUCAGAUGUGGAACGAUGUCGAUGAGAAUUGGCCGUUCUUUAGCGAACAGGAACUGCAGCAGCUGAAGCGUCGUAAGCCACAGAAUCUGACGCCACCCAUGAGCUCGGAUGCGGGCAGCUCAACAUCCGGACAAAGUCCGACAUCCACACACACGGGCAGUCCGCCGCCAUUGAUGUCGAUGGGAUCGGGUGGAGGCGGUGGACACGGCAUGGGAGGACAGCAUAUGAUGUCCGCCAAUAGUGGUAGCAGUCUCAAGCGCAGCAGCAUCGAGUACGAUGAAAUGUUCAAUCCGGUGCAGACGAAAAAGAUGCGCAUCAGUCAUUACAAUCGCGAAACUGGCAGUGCUCCUCAAUCACAAUCGCAAUCAUCAUCAUCAGUCUCCUCCUCCUCAUUAAAUAGUGUGCCUACGUCGACGUAUCGCAGUCGAACUGGAAGCUCAGCAGCUGCUUAUACGCCGCCACAACAGCAGCAGCGUCAGCAACAGCAUCUGGUGGAUGAGCACAGUAGUGAUUUGAGCUACAAUGUGCUGGACAACAUUGACGAGUUCAGGAGCAUCGAGCAGCAGCAGCAGCAGCAACCACAACAGCAGCAGCAGCAACAGAUGCGCGGCAAUAGUCGACGCACUAGCAGCAGCAGCUCAUCGAAGCAAGGCAGCAACGGGAGCACGGAUAAACGCAAUUCCACAGGCAGCAACUCGAGCAGUUCCAGUGGCUAUGAGACGCAGCAGGAGCGCAACAGUCGCCAGUCCUCGUCAUCGUCGUCGUCGUCGGCAAACAGUCGCAAGUCCUCAACAACGCCACCAAAAUUGGCAGCAAGUUUUGUGCGACAGUCGGCGCCGGCAGCGACAACGCAGCAGCAGCAACAACAACAACAAAAGCAGAAACAGCAGCAUCAUCAGCAACAACAACAACGCAGCAACUUUAAUAGUAACAGUAGCAACAACAAUGCGCACGAUGAGUACAAUUCAUACAACAACAAUACGCACGCCGCUUCUAACAGCAAGAAGCGCACGAGCGAAAGCAGCAGCAAUGGUCAGCGACAACGCAACAGCAGCAGCAGUAGCAGCAACGUCUAUCAGCAACAGGAAAGGCAGCAAAUGCAGCAGGAUAGACAACAGCAGCAACAGUUGUCGCACCAUCAGCAGCAGCAGCAUCAUCAACAGACGCAGCAACAGCCACAACACCACAAUCAUCAUCAUAGCAAUCGCGAGUCGACAGCCAGCAAUCAUCAGUCCCAUCAUCAGCAACAGCAGCAGCAGCAGUCGAAUCCCCAGCACCCAUCGCCCACCCAGCAGCUGGCGGAGGCAGCUCACGCCUAUGCCGAUGGCAAUGCCAACAACGAUGGUGCGCCACACUAUGACUUUAGUCAGUAUGCUCCGAUACGCACGCUGGAGGUGCGUCGAUGCUAUAAGAAUGAAUUUCAGAGCGACUAUGUCGAGUACUGCAAACUGUUGACCAGCGUUGAAGGUGUGCGCAAACGCUUCCAGGAUCUCUCCAAACGCUUGGAGGGUGCUCAGCAGCGGGGAGGCGAUGAUUAUGAUCAGAUCAAGCGGCAGAUUGUCAACGAAUAUGAGCGCAUCAAUAAUGAUCGCGGCACACAGGAGGAUAAGCAGCGAUUUGAUUAUUUGCAUGCCAAAUUGGCGCACAUCAAGCAGCUGGUCAUGGACUAUGAUAAGACUUUGCAGCAGACGACUGCAGCAGAAGCAGCAGCAGCCGAGGCUCAAGCAGUUGCAGCGGCCGCAGCAGCAGCCGCAGCUGCAACAAGACUGGCAGAGAGUAGCAGUAGCAAUAACUUGCAGCAUCAGCAGCAACAGCAACCGCAGCAAUAUCAGCAACAACAGCAGCAGCAACAUCAUGCUGUCGUAACGAUACAGCAGCAACAGCAGCAUCAACAAGAGCAACAGCUACAGCAGCAACACCAUUAUAACAACAACAACAACAAUCACGGCAGCCAUGAUAGCGACUCGGAUGAUAGUUCAGCUAGUUCUGAUUCCAACGAUGAUGAUGACGAUGAAGAAGAUUGCGAUGAUUCCAACUCCAAUACUGAUGACGACGAACACUACUGAAUGAACGAAUCAAUCAAAUCAACUCCAAUCCAAUCAAAUCAAUUAAACAAUCGGAAACAAAAUGCUACUUUAAUGCAACAGUUGCUGCUGCAACAGUUGCAAGCAAUGUAAAAAGGCAAAAAAAAAAGAAACUAUUAUACAUAUAAAUAUAUAUACUAUAUAUAUUACACAAUUAUUAUAGUAAACAACAGAAACACCAACAACAACAACAACAAAGCGUUCUACAAGAAAAUUAUACUAAAUAAACAAAAAAAAAAACUAAAAAUAAAAAA